UCGCAGCAUAUCACUACAUCUCCGAUAUACAUAGUUUUAUCGUAAAGAAUGACUCUAAGCUCUUCAAUGCGCAGAAAAUAUAUGCGCUGGCAUUUCGACAGCAAAUAAAUCAUAAUGGAUAUACAUUAUCAACGGAAGUACGCCUGUAGUCGACAAGAAUUGCUGCUCGAUGUCCUGGACGCCGACGGCAACUUGACACGCGGCAGUCUUAUUGACUGCAACCCCACACAUCUGACCGUUAACUUCCAAUGUCGUCAGCGCCAACAGGAGACCGUUCCUUUCGAACGGGCGUAUCUCGUCAGCGACGAUGAUUCUGAUGACGACAUCCAGAAAACCUCAAGAACUGCGGAACUGGAGGUUCGUCUGCGGAUAACCGACGACGCUCCCGAGCGCUGGUAUCCCUGUCAACUGCUACAGUGGCAACCCAACACUGGGAAGGCGCAGCGCCCGUCCAGUCACUGGCAUCUUGCCACGGUAGACACCGCCGAGAGCGGUCGGUUGGUCGUCAAUGACGGCCCGUACUGGAUGCACCGCCGGUUGCGCCGGCGGAAGAAACGGCGAGCGGUUCGACCGGAGACCUUCCAGAAAAUCAAGAUUAAUUUGCAGCAGAUUUGUGCGGAAGCCGUUGCUCGCGUGCAGGACCUCCAGGCGGAAUGGGAGUGGACGGACCAAACCGCAACCGUGCUGGUAGGUGUCGAGAUGGACGGUGUCUGGGUGAUCUGUAGGACGAGUAUGAUCGAGUCCUUCACGCCGGAAGUGCGACGUUUUGCGGCGGAACUGCAGCAGAGAAAUUUAACUGUGAAUAUUAUUGACAAUCCGACGCGAACAGAUUCUAGCUCGAUGGAAGACUGGUUUGGCUUUGAAGAACUGACGGUGGAUCUGUUUGGCGAUGUGUGCGCGUACCUCGACGCAUGUCAACGACAGAUCGUCAAAAUUGUAUCGAGGUUCUGGGCUGACGUCCUCAGCUGGAAAUCCCUGGAAAGAGAACUUGUCUUCCGCGAAGGAAAAUUCAUCGCCAGUUCGUAUAGUCUGGCGCUGGCCGUACACCACUGCGCCUCAGCAGCGACCAGCGUUAUUUAUCUACACGGCCGCCACCAUCAAAGCCUACUGGCUUUAUGCCGCAUUCUGCAGCACAAACAGAUCAGACUGCGCUAUCUGGUCUUUUUCAACAGCAUCGUCGCAGCCAGGGAUUUUAUCGACGGAUACAGCUCUUUGGGCAUCCGUCCCGAAGUGCGCAAUACCUGUAUAAAGGUUAUACUUAAAGAGUGUCAGUUACAGAUAUGUACAGUGUAUGGCGACAACAGUAUUUCGCCGCUGGAUGGACCCGACAAUUGUGCACCGUAUUGCCUGUUUCCUGUGGCGCUGACGAGCUUUCCUACUAGUGUGAAUAUAGAACAAUUCUACCGGCAGCUGGAACGUUUCGUUAGUUAUCCGAGAGGAGACAAAUUGUGAGACUAGACGAAUUUAAAUGUGCAAAAUUUUCAACGGGUUGCCGCGCACUAAAAGUUAAAUCGCUAGCCGUUCGUGUCGAAAUUUUCCUGUAAAAAACAACAGUGAUUUAAUUCUGAAUCAGAAAUUUCGGUUUGUAGAAUUUUCCUGGAUUUAACAGAAAGAAGCAUUGUGAAAUAUUUGAAAUUCACUUCAAAAUUAUAAAAA